AUGGAGGGAGGAAGUUGGGGCCUAGUUAUUUGCCUGGCAGCAUUCAUGAUUCAAGUUCUUGCAUUUGGUACUACAGCAGCCAUUGGAGUCUACAACAUAGAGCUCUUGGACUACUUUGAUGGGGCCACAGUUGGUGUCUCUUUGAUUGGUUCAAUUAAUUAUGGCGUGUUCUUAGGCUCAGGUGAGUUCAAUUUUAAUUUUUCAAACUAAAGAGCACUCUGUGGGUCUCCGGUCGCAUCUGAAGGGCAUUAAAUGGACACCAUCUGAAGAUCUGACCCUAUAUAUGAUAAAAUAUUUCUGGUUAUUUUCAAUUUAAUUAAUACAAAAGUAAAAAAAACUGUCCUUUUGCAAAAUUUAAUUAUGAGACAAAAAAAAAAACAAUCAAGAAAAACACCACUUCAAUAAAGGAGAUGGCUGAAAAUCUCCAUGGCAACAUCAUAAUGACAUCACUUUAUGGUUAGAGAAGGACUAAAAAUCAUUAAGUUUCCUGUGACUCAGUUGACCCUGAAACUGUAUUGCAGUAAUCUUUUAUGUUUUGGAUUUAAUGAAUAGGUGCUUGAAGAUUUAUGACAAUAGUUUUAUCUGAAUAUUGUUUUUAAUGAGCAUAUUUAUUGUUUCUUUUAAGGUCCAAUCGUUAGUUUCUUGAUGACAAAGUUUAGUUACAGACAGAUUGCUUUGGCUGGAUCACUGCUGAUAGCUGUGGGUCUCAUUGGCAUGCCAAUCCUACCUUACAUACCCGCUAUGUGUAUCUGCUUUGGAGUUCUCACAGGUGCAUAAGUAAAAAAAAACUAAGAUUUAUUCCUUUAAGUUGAGCCAUCUGUUUCUGUGUAGCUAAAACUUUAGCAUUGCUGCUCUGAGUCAGUGUCAAAGUUUGAGAAGUGUGAACUGUUCUUAGCUAUUGGGGAUAUGUUAUAGAUAUGAAGCAUUGUAGCAGCAUGUUUGAGAGAUGACUGCAUGUUUGAAAGAUGACUGUAUGUUUGAGAGAUGACUGCAUGAUUGAAAGAUGACUGCAUGUUUGAAAGAUGACUGCAUGUUUGAAAUAUGACUGCAUGUUUGAGAGAUGACUGGAUGUUUGAAAGACAACUGUAUGUUUGAAAGAUGACUGCAUGUUUGAAAGAUGACUGCAUGUUUGAAAGAUGACUGCAUGUUUGAAAGAUGACUGUAUGUUUGAAAGAUGACUGCAUGUUUGUUUGAAAUAUGACAGCAUGUUUGAGAGAUGACUGGCUGUUUGAAAGAUGACUGCAUGUUUGAAAGAUGACUGCAUGGUUGCGAGAUAAAUGCAUGUUUGAGAGAUGACUGCAUGUUUGAGAGAUGACAGCAUGUUUGAGAGAUGACUGCAUGUUUGAAAGAUGACUGCAUAUUUGAAAGAUGACUGCAUGUUUGAGAGAUGACUGCAUGUUUGCCAAGGGAGCAGAACAUUAAUGAUAUCAAGGGUCAGACAUUCUUUUAAUAAAGGGGGAUGGAAGGGGUUCAGUAGGCAUCUGUAUUCUUUGUGAUAUGUUAAUCUUUGCUCACUCUGUGAGUCCAAUUUUCAGGUCUAAAAACAUAUUCUUACCCAUAAUAGAAUAAUGGGAAAUUUAAAAAAAUGAAUCAUUAGUCUCAUAUGAAGAUUUAAGAACAGUUUUUCCCAAGAUAUUUGAGUUAGCCCCCAUGCUUUUAACAAAAACUUCAAUAAUAAAAUUGCAUGCCAUUUUUAUUCCUGUAUCUUAUAAUUAUUUAACUAUGCAGUUAGUAUUACGUUUAUUAAAAAAUAGUGUAUGAGUCAAAUAUUGAUGCAUUUGCCACGUUUUAUAUGGGGUUAUUUUAUUAGGAUUUUCAAAAGUUUUGACUGUGAUUAAAGUGAUAUAGACAGUGUCAUAUGGGGGAUAGGACUAAAAAAAAGGGCUUAAUAUUUUGAUGGUAAUGCUUCAACCAGUUCUUUUCAAUCUGUGGUUUCACCUCAUGGUUGUUGAUCCGAUUUGACUAAAAUAGAUAUUGUAUUGAGUUGAGAACUUCCUUAUUGUGCUGUUGUUUUUUACAGUUACAGCUAAAUAUAUAUUUUUAAAAAAAAAUUUUGAUUGAAAAUUAAUGUAAUUCAUAGAAUUUUCCCUGUUCAUUUUUUCCUUUAGGAUUCGGCUGCUGUUGUACCUACAUUCCCUCACAUGUGCUGAGUGGUUUGUAUUAUGAUAAAUAUCGCAGCCUGGCGACCGGGGUGAGCACUAGCGGUUCAGGGCUAGGAGGAGCCAUCAUGCCGGUGGUGGUUGGACUGCUCAUAGAGCAUUACACGUGGAAAGGGUCACUGAUUGUCGUGGCUGGUCUUUGCCUGCAUCUUUUUGUUUUCGCGGCCCUACUGCGGAAACCACCGCCUCUGCAAACAUCAGUUCUUGAAAUAGGAAUGAUGCCACCCUCAAACCAUUACUUGUCUUUUACAGAAAUCCCUAAUGAGGGUAACAUAUGUAUUGCAGAGGAAGAAAAUGAAGAACAGGUCGCUCAUGAGCAGGAUCCAUCUAGAUUUGAUUGUACUGACCGUUUAAGCUCAAACAACGAACUUUCAGAAAGAUCAGGGUCACAUAACAUAUCAGAACAGAAUGGCCAAGUCCGAAGUAGAGCUGCGGGCCACGAGGCUCAAAAACUGAUUCCAGCAGCCAAAUCCACACAUUUCCCAGAUCACAUGACCCAACUUCACUCCAUGUCAUUGACAUCUUUGCAUGCUGUCGGCUCGACACGAGGCGCCAGUGUGUUAGUUCUAGACUCUUCUGUGGAUGGCAUUGUACCAUUGUCCAAUAAUCCUGAUCAAGAACUGGACCAAGUCAUCACCAAUCAUGCUAAACCGGUCCCCAAUUCUUCACGACAUUUUUUCAUCUUCACCAACUGUAGAUUCAACAUCUACUUUUGUAGUAACAUCAUGUGGAAUGCCGGCUGCUCUAUCAUCAACUCGUUUGGCCCAGAGUUUUUAAGAGAGAAGGGUCUCACGCCCAUGGAAGCCGCGUGGCUCAGCGGAGCAUUUGGAUUAGGAUGUUUUGUUGGCGGAAUAGUCGGUGGAGUCUUUGGGAAUUUCAAAUUUGUUAACAGGCAGAUCUUUUACACUGUUUCCAAUAUCCUGAUGGGAAUUUUACUGAUUAUAUUCCCCAUGUUAGGCCACAUUGGCCUUUAUACACUGUGUCUGGUUUUAAGUGGAAUUUUCUUUGGAGUGAUACUCGGGCUGCUAAUUGUGGUCUUGACUGACCUCAUUGGAAUAGAGAGCCUCGGAAAUGGCCUUGGCUAUCUCAUGCUAUCUAAUGGCCUGGGGACUUUCAUAGGACCUCCUCUAGCAGGUAAGACAAGUUUGAAAAAGGAAACAUGUUAA